GGCCACCACAUCAUCGUCGAUCUACCGUCAGAUCUCGUCUCCUCUCCUCUACUUUUCUCCUCGGUUUCUUCGAACUCGAACUCGCCGUGCUCCUUCCUUGCACUCCUCGUACUUCCCGCCGACCUGCCAUUGCCGGCAAGCUAGCUAGCCAUGCAGGACGGUGGAGGCGGAGGAGGAGGAGGGGACGGCAAUAGCAUGCAUCUGCUCCUGAGCAUCCUGGCCGACGGCGAGGAGCAGGCGAGGCGGCUCCUCGGCGAGCUGCCGCCGGCCGACGACGAGGGGCAGCUGCUCGGGCAGGGGCCGGCGGCCGAGUGCUGCCGGGGCGUGGCGGAGCAGCUGCUGUGCACGUUCAGGAAGGCGAUCGCCGUCGCUAAGGCCAUCGAGGCGGCCGGCGGGGACUCGCCGCGGUCCGCCAACGAGGGCGGCGCCGGCAUGGCUGGCAGGGACGCGGCGCAGGCGCAGGAGCGCCAAGGCCAAGGCGUCUGCAAGAGAAGGAAGGGGCUGCCAAGAUGGACCGAAAAGUUCAGAAUACCCGACGACGCAAAUCUGGAGUACACGCCGGACGACGGAUUCAGCUGGAGGAAGUACGGCCAGAAGGACAUCCUCGGCGCCAAAUUCCCAAGGGGCUACUACCGGUGCACGUACCGCAACGCGCAGGGGUGCGCCGCCACGAGGCAGGUGCAGCGCUCCGACGCCGACCUCGCCGUGUUCGACGUCACGUACCAGGGAGCGCACACCUGCCUCCAGGCGCAGCGCCGCGCCGCCGCGCCUCCCCCUCCUCCCGACGUCCAACGGUCACCACCGGCGUUGCAGGACCCGGACAUGCAGCUGCUCGAGAAUUUCAGGAACGGCCUCAAGGUGGAGACCGACGGCCUGCCGCCGCCGCCGCCCUGCUUCCAUGGCGACGGCACCACAGCCUUCUCGUUUGCCUACGCCGCGGCAGGAGCAGCGGGCUACUCCCCGGCGGAGAGCGGCGGCCAGCGGCUCCUGCAGGGAGGGGGCUGCUUCGCCCCGGCGACUUUCUCCUCGCCGGCCGCAACGACGUCGGCCGGGCCGGGCUACUUCGUGCACUGCACGCGCGGGGCGCACGAGUCGCCGGAGCUCGCCGAGGUCGUGUCGGCGGCGACCGCCUCGGACCGGGCCGGCUUCGACUACUCGAUGUACCUGCACCAGCACGACCUGGACGCGCACCUGCCGUUCCCGUUCGACCCAAUGUUCGGCCACCCUUCCUCCCAUGGCCAACACGGAGACGCGUGAACCAAUCGAGGCGUGACUAUGUAAAGAACAGCCGGAUUAUUCAGGUUUCGGUAUGUAUUAUUAACCCAUCAUCACCGUCGGAAAAUAUCAUUUGGGUGUGCCUAGUUCUGAUCUA